AUGCUUCUGCAUCUGCAGCCCCCACGAAGCCUUUGGACCUCGAUAGCGAGCGAGACUGACUUGUCGUCCAGAUAUGAGGUUGAAGAAAUGUUAGCACAGCCUGAGACGAACGAAUCGGAGCCGGCCUGGCUUGUUCCUACGUACGGUUACAGGAACGAUAUCGCGGUGGUUCAGAAUGAUCUCCCAGCUGAACUUCUCCAGGCCAUCUUCAAGUACUCCGUGUCGCGAAGGUAUGCCGGAGACUACAUAGGCAAAGAUCUGCUACCAUGGGAAUUUCCCAUGGUUGGUCGCAUUCAGGCCACCCUUACCAUGGUGUGCAAAUACUGGCGAGCGGUCGCCUUGAACACCCCCGAGCUCUGGACUGCCAUCAGUCCCGGCUGGAUGGAUCGCCGCGAUGUCUUCGACAGGGCCGCGCUCAUGUUUCUAGAGCGUGCGCGUCAUCUGCCUGUCAACAUCAUCGUCGACAAGCCAGGAAAAGCCAGAGGGUUGGACGACUUCUUCAGAAAAAUGGGCCCUCAGCUUACAUCACGCCUCCGUUCUAUCUACUGUCGACCUCUCUGUGAUACUUUCGACUGGGCCUUCGACUUCUCGGCACCCUGCCUUGAGUCGUUGUCUUUGCAAGAAGACAAUGUGGUACGGGUUGUUGAUCUUCCUCUUUUCCAGGGACACACACCGAAACUACGCUACCUUUCGCUCACUGCCAUGAACUGGGCGCCAAGGAACCAUGCACCAUCAUUGACGCAUCUCCAUUUGCGGAUGUGUGCCCAGUCGGUCGAUGGCAGAAGCGAUUUGAUCACGUUGCUGCGGUCUGCCCCGGCAUUGACUGACCUCGUGUUCUCCGUGUCACUGCUCGUUGGGUCAACGCCCGACGUGCCUUACGUCCACCUCUCAACUUUACGUCGUCUCACGUUCGAUGCCAUGCAACGGGACGUCGUCUGCGAGCUCAUGAAGGCUGUUUCGGUUUCGAAAGACGCCUCCAUCCGCUUCCAAGGCUCCCAGUCGCUGACGGACGAGAUGAUCACGUCUUCGGGUCCUCAACUAUACCUUGCGAACCGAUCCUGGACGCGGAUGUCGAUCAAGUUCGACCCGACGGAGACCCUCUGCUCCGUCGUUGUCGCCGACACUUCCGCCGCGUUCUCAGGCGACUUCGCGGUGGUCAUAGAGCACCGCGACUAUCACCGCUACAAUGAGCGUGCACGCCUUUGGAUCCGACCUCCCCAGUUACCCUUCCAAGGCGUUCGCGAGUGUUGGAUCAUAGAGAACAACGACCACGACUCUAUGUAUACCUUCGCAGCUACGGGGCUGCGUGGCAUGCUGGAGGGACUGAGCGACCUCGAGACGUUGGUCGUAUGCGCUUGGAACUGCGAGGUCGUCUUGGACGCGCUCUCCGCACCGAACGAGCCCCGCAAUGGCGCCGACGUGGACGCGCGCCCGAUCUGCCCCAAACUCAAGACGCUCAGCAUCCUCGCGACGAGCGUGCGGGACCUAGAUCGGGCGCUGGGAAUUCAUGGCCUCCGUGACCGGGACGAGCUGCGGCGCGACUUCGAGCGCGUCGUCGUCAGCUACCUGCCUGGGUUCCACGGACCGCGUCCGCACGCGAGCCAGCUUGACGAGUUCUUCCACGGGACGGUCGAGUAUGUUGACCUCGUGGAGUGCCCGGCGAUGGAGCUGCCCGAGGCGUGUACCACCGAGGCCCAUGUCUACUGGCCUAAGUGGACACCGCAUACCGUCGGUCUCGGCAGGAUAACGCGUGUGAAGUCUCUUGGGAUGCGUGGACCGUUGGACAUUUGA